GUUGUAAACAUUUUUGUUUAAAACACAAAAAAUUAUUUUAAAUUAUUUUCUCAAUUAAAUACUAAACAAAUUUGGAAAUGAUUUCAGUGUUAGUAAAAGUGACACUUUUGUUGUUUUGUUGGCUCACAUUAACGGCCGCUGAAAAGCCAUUGCCAUCGAAAGAGGACUGUAUUUCGUUGUGGAACGCCGUCGGAGGGGCCGGAGGUAAUUUACGAAACGUUGCGGCGAAGAGUAACGUAGCGAUGGGUGGAGUCCUUAAGCUCUAUGAAGACUGUCUCAGAUCUGAGGAAGGGAUCCGAUAUCGAAGGAACUACUGGUCAAAGAGUGUCGACGCGUCCAAAACAGCCGACAUCUCAAGAAUUAUCAUGAAUUUAUACGACCAAUAGUUUUAUCAUUA